AUGCACCACGUUUGUCCAGAUGGCUGUUGUGUCGACCGGGAGGCCUCCGUUCUCAAGGCAUGUGGCAUUCUGGAAGACUGCUUUGUAGAGCCUAUGAGCAUACCUGCGUUGAACAAGUGGACGAAGGUUUAUCCGUCUUUUGGGCAGACAGUUCUUCUGUUCCAGUUUCAUGAUGCUGUGCCCAGGGCCUUCAAAGCACGUUUGGGUUCGGUCGCUGACCCGGUUGAUGCAAGCAGCUCUGAUGAGGAAGAGAAACAGCUGGGUGUUCCAUUGAAUGAAACCAAGCGAUGGCGAAAGCUUGCUCGGAAGCGAAAUCGGAAAGCGUCUGCCUAUCUCAACGAUUCGCAAGCCAGGUGGUUGGGUUUGAUUUGGCAGGCGAUUGUGCAUCCCAUCAUGUCCCUGCAUUGGAAAUUGCUCAAAUCAGUGACCUGGUACACGGACAGAAAGCCGACCGACGGGGACGAUGACGAGGAUUCAGGCCUGCACCUUCUCGGGCGAUUUUGCGCACCCGACCGGAAUCCAGCCUUGAGGGUCUUAGACCUCGUCAUGAGUUGUCUGUGCAGCCCAGACGAGGCUCUGGUUGUGGUGCUUCCGUGUUUGGGCCACUGGACCACGUGGUCACAAUACCAAAGGCGGGUGUUGCGACGCACCGUGCUUGUCGCGGCUGGGCAGCUCGUCCGCAAGCUCAUCGAGCCGUGUCUGAAUGGGUACGAGUGCGAAUUCUGCCACUACGAGCACGAGAAGCGGAAGAGGAAAAACAAAAAGAACAAGAAGAAGAAGGCUGGUGAGCACGUGGAGGAAUACUACUCGGCCGAUGCUGUUGCACACAUGACUGACCUCGCUUGGCCAGCACCGGCACCCCAUGCACCCAUGCCCUUGCCACUCCCCCAAGCUGUGCCACCCGAAUAUCCCGAGUACGUGGAUGGACCGCUGACAUACCAGUGGACCGAUGGUACAGUUGGACAAACCCCUGCCCCUCCAAUCAUCCCAGGCUAUGAGCGCUUGGUAACAGCUGCAGUUUCAAGGGUGCAACGAACACCUGCACCCCACAGGGAGGGACCUGCACUCGCAACCAACCCCCCGCCCAAUCCCAACCAGUACGAUUCUUAUGACCGGACCAGCCCUGCAGGGCCUGCAGGCUAUCAUCCCUACGAUGUGCCGUCUGCUGGCCCCCCCGCUUACCGCCACCCCCCGCCACAACCCGUCCAACCCGUAGCCCUCCCCCAGCCCCCACUGCCUGGCCUGGAUCCGGCUGCAGCGCCCUGGCACCCGCCAGCAACGGCUCCGUUCCCGGCAACCAAUGGCGCGCUGCGCCAUCCGCGGCCAGACCUCAUGUCCUAUCCCCCGCCGGCCACGGUUCCACCGGAAGAAUCAAGGCCGGUGGUGAGCGAAGAACUGGGCACCGAUCCCAGACCCUUCGAUUUGUUGACAGCUGUAGGCCCACAGACUCCACAGCCCGGAAAGCCGAUGCCCAUCAAGGUGGAAAAGGUUCCCGGCCAGGCCGGUCAGGGAGACGGCCCAAAUAUGCCGCCACCCGACCAAUCACCGAAGCUGAGCACCGAUCUCAUGGCCUCCCUGCAGCAGGAUCCGCCCCCACCUGAUGAAAGCCCCACGUGA